UUUACUAGCUGCCACAGUACUGCAGCGUUCGGAAUGUUGCCUAGAAGGCUGUGAAAGUGCCGGAGCCUGUAAAUAUGGCUGACAGUGAAUCUGAUUCAAGUCCUCAGAAUGAUCAAGUUAGAAAUCUACCCACUGGACCCCGUGUUGUUACGAUCUAUAAAACAGAAACAGGAUUCGGUUUUAAUGUUAGAGGACAGGUCAGUGAAGGCGGCCAGUUACGGAGUAUAAAUGGCGAACUGUACGCACCUCUUCAGCACGUCAGCGCUGUACUGGAUGGAGGGGCAGCGGAAAAGGCUGGUAUACGGAAAGGAGACCGGAUUUUGGAAGUGAAUGGAGUCAAUGUCGAAGGGUCAACACACAAGCAAGUUGUGGAUCUCAUUAAGUCUGGUGGAGAUGUUCUGACGCUCACUGUGAUCUCUGUCACCCAGCAGGAGGCUGAGAGGUUGGAGCCUGUAGAAGACCCAGCAGGAUACACAUACAUAGACUACAGCGAAAAGCGUUCACUUCCAAUUUCUGUACCAGAUUACCAUUAUGUGGAGAAAGGAGGUGAUAGAUAUGUCGUGUACAACAUAUAUAUGGCAGGCAGGCAUCUGUGUUCACGCAGAUACCGUGAAUUUGCUAAUUUAAACCUUAACCUAAAGAAGGAAUUUAUAGGUUUCAGCUUUCCGAAGCUUCCCGGCAAAUGGCCAUUCACGUUAAGUGAACAACAACUGGAUGCUAGGAGGAGAGGACUGGAACAGUAUUUGGAAAAAGUAUGUGCUGUCAGAGUCAUAGCAGAGAGUGAUAUUAUGCAGGAGUUCCUAACAGAUGCUGAUGAUGAGCAGGGCUACAUCUCACCUGUAGAUUUGAAAAUCAUGUUACCAGACAGAGAAAUUGUCAUAGUAAGUGUCAAGAAAAAUGCCAACACUGAAGAAGUUUAUGCUGCAGUUGUUGACAAAAUACGCAUGAACAAAAACACAGCAAGAUACUUCUACCUCUUUGAAAUUGUUGAAUACAAUUUCGAGCGGAAACUUCUGCCUACGGAGUAUCCUCACAACCUUUACAUACAGAACUACAGCACAGCAACAUCUACAUGUCUCUGUUUACGACGGUGGCUGUUCUGUCUUCAGAAGGAAUUAAAACUUGCUUGUGAUGAUCAAGCGACAACUUUUUUCUUCUGGCAAGCUGUUGAUGAUGUUAAUCGUGGUCAUAUUCGAGCUGAUGAUCGUUUGUAUCAACUAAAAGCACUACAGGAUGCAUCGCGCAAGCAUGAGUACCUAAAGCUGGCAAGGGAAUUAACAGGCUAUGGAGAGAUAGUAUUCCCUCAUUGCUCAUGUGACUCUCGUAAAGAUGGCCAUGUUAUUGUUUCUGUCGGAGCCAACACUUUUAAGCUACAGGCCUGUCGAGAAGAUGGUGCUUUAGAGUCUCAAAUUGUGGAAUUUUCAUGGCCUACUAUUAAAGAAUGGGAAGUUGACGAUGAGGCUAUGGCAUUCUGUUUUCAAUACCAGAGGCCUGAGAAGAACCCUAGAUGGGUGAAAAUAUUUACACCAUAUUACAUUUUCUUGCUGGAUUGUUUUGAGAGGAUACAUGAGGAGAGCAAGUGGCUGGACACUGGGGAGUGACGCUGGGCCUGGCGUUAGCUGCCGGCAUGCCCACAGUGUCAGCGACGCUACCCCAGGACACCCGUGUCCUCCUGCGCCUCAGCCUCUGGCCCACUCACAUUGUCCCACAUGUGAGGCUCUGUGUCCUCUGUCUGAUGCUGCAUACCACACAUAUCAUAAACAGUACCUAUUAAGGACUGGGAAGUGACAUGGUGAUCUUAAAUGUUUCUUUAUGUAAAUGCUACUCACAAGACUGAAAUUCUGAAUGUAUGUGUAUGUCUUGAGUGCAGUUGUAUAAUUGAGUGACUGACAUGUUUGUGUGGUUAACUUACAAUAUGAAUGGAAAAAAGAGAUUGCAUAGUAUCACUCAAUACUCUUGUGUGGCACUGCAUAUUUUUUACUUCUGUUAUGCAGAUUUGUACAUUUAAUGUUUGAGAUGUGUGCAAUUUUGAUUUGUGUUACUUGUCCAAUAUUAUGCAAUGUUGUAGUAGUCUGCUGACCACCUGUGUGUCUGUAGUAUGAACAUCGGCUGUGCAGAGAUGGAGGGGGGAAGAGUGUGCAUGAGUGUGUUUGAGAGAGAGAGAGAGAGAGAGAGAGAGAGAGAGAGAACUGUCUAAAUUGACAAGUGAUAUUUAUUUGUGUGAGCAAAGCACUCUGUGUGCAAGUACACUGUUAAUGUUACAUUAUCUUAUUGGAAAAUCUGAGAGGAAAGAUCUUGUAAUAAUAAGAGCGCGAAUGUGCUGCACCUAACCAGUUUAUAAAUUGGAGAAUUGUUCUUUAUUCUUCUUGAAUAUUCCUCUUCCUUUCCCCUUAACUCCUGUAAUGUCUGUGUUAUUCUGUGAGGUGGUGAUUCACUAUUUUAGUUCUCAUUAUUAGUACUAUUUUGGUUUCAUAGUUUGACCAUUUUAUACCUAAAAGUAAUUCAUGUUUCCUUUUAAAUGGUGUAGUUCUUGGAUACUGUAUCUCCUGCACCAAUAAUCUGGCUUUGCUAUUUGGAGUAUCCCUUUAAACGACUUAAGAUACUUUUUUUUUUCUUUUAACCCAGAAACUUUUAUGGAGAGCUUGUAACAUUGAAUAUAUAAAUAAAUACAAUGCUCCCAGCAGAUAACUUGCGAAGAUUUGCUUGUCUUUUAUCAUGUAGAUAACAUCGAGAAAUACUUUCGAUAAAUCCUUUAAUCAAGCCAGUGCUUUUUUAGGCACAUCUCAUAGAUAUUGAUGACAUUAUGUGCAGGUAUAAGUUUGUACAUUUGUUAAAUGAAAAACAUAUUAUACUUAAUAGAGCCAGUGAUCUUGAAAUUGUCUCUAACAUUCUGAUAUCUAAAUUUUUAUGUCAAAUGUAUUGGUUGAAGAAUUUAUCUUGGAACACUAAAAAGAAACAAAUUUCUUGUGAAGGAGAUUACAGUUGCCAUUUACCAUCUGUCUGUGUGACUAUAAUCAGCAGUAAAUUGGGGACAUGAAACAGAAUAAGCACUGCAAAUUUACAAACCUGUUAAAGAAUCUUGGUUCUUCAAGUCAUGGAGUAAAGGUAUGUGAGAGUAGUUUUCUCGGUAUACCCACAAUUGGUGUGCAUCUCGCUAUUUCCCAUUUUACUGAUGAAAAAUUAGAAAAAAAAUGUGUAAUUUCAUGUGUUCAUUAUGCAAAUACUGAUAAUUAUAUAAUCUGUAAUGUGAUUUAGUACACUAUAUUUUCUCAGUUUAUGCUCUUUUUCAGUGUUUUUCCUCAUAGAGAAUGAAUAAGUUGGCCUCAAACAAAAAAAAGUGUCCAGAUAUAAUAUUUAUGUAUUUAAUUUGAUCUGCAUUACAUCCCAUUUUUCUGCUUUGGUAUUUUGUGUUUUUCCUGUUCAUAGCAAUCCUUCUAUUUUGUAUGUGGCUGUUCUCUUGAAGAAUAAUAGCUAACUGCAGCUUUAGCUUUAAAACUUCCUUCCCUUUCUGUAUUAUUUUAUAUUACUACUCUAAAACAUCUAAACAAGUUACAACAGUGUGUUUGUCAGUGGCAGCUUUUCCACACAAAAUCUUUAAUUGUGUGUAGUAAAUAGUGUUAGAAGACUUUCAUGUUUCAGUAGAAACUAGCAUUAAUUAAGUGCAGCUGUGCAGUUUAAUAAGUUACAAACAUAAGUAGAACAUCCACAGCUGUCAUUCAUAUUUUUCUAACAGCAGUAUUGAAGCAUACAGUUUUUGUUUUGUGCUCUCUGUGAUUGUUUUACUUCACCCUCAGAUUGAACAGUCAUAUUAAUAUUUAUGUUUUUAGUUUCUGUAUGUGACUGAAUUCUACGAUUUUUGUGGAUUCAGUUGUACGUACUUUAUCAUGGUCUUCAUUUAGAGUGAAUAUUUUUGACUUAAUAUAUGUAAAUAGAAAUGUAUAGAUUAUGAGAAUUCUGAAAUUAUCUCAUCAAAACAGUUCAUGUAUUAUGUGCAAUGACUAGAAACAUAGUUUUAGAAAAUAAUGAGCAAGAUCUGUGAAUACUGUAUAGUACAUUAAUAUAUUUAUUUUGAAGCUAACUGUGGUGAAAUUGUUGAAAAUAAUAACGUUAUAAACUCCUGAGAGAAGUAUGAAUAUGGACAUGUAAAAAAUAAUUCCUAAUAUAAUCUCAUUGAGCUGAUGUGGUAUAAAUUAGUAUCACAAAAGGUACUACUGUGUAGCACAUUUUAUAAACUGUCCAAUAAUAUGAUCAUUAUGCAGCAUUCCCCAAAAUAAUGUGAAUAUACCCUGCCUUCUGACAGUUUUGUUGGUAUGUGACUUCUACUGUACAUAGUGCAUCUGUAAGCUUAUUUUCUUAAAUCACUUCUGAAAAGUUUUCGUGAAGUCGUCUUACAAUCAUAAAGUUGAUUGAGUCACUAGUAUAAGCACACAAACACAUUUAGUGUGAUUGGUUAUUGAUUGUGUCAAAUGUUUAACUGAUAUUGAAGUCAUUUAUAGAGCAUUCAGUAGAAGUCUGUAAUGGUGCUGUUAAUUGCCUUAGUCCUACAAAAAACAGACACAUGCUUUUCAGACAUUCCACUUUAUAGACUGAGUUCCUGGUGUUUGAAUGUUAAUAUUUGUAAGUUUCAUUUAGUUAGAAAUUAAAGAAUUAUCUAGAACUUGAUGUUUUGUUGGGUACAAAAAGUGUAUGUGUGUGUAUUAAUGACAGUUACACUGUUGAUGUAUGAAAAUGUUUCCAUAUUAUAUUAUUAUAAGUAAUUACUUAUCCAGAGAUUAUACUUUCAGACUUGAUGAUUCCUGCCACAGCUCACUUUCACAAAUGUGAUUUUUCUUGCUAAGAAAUUCAAUACAAGAAAAUAAAAAAGAAACUAUAGUGUAACUGUUGUACAUAGAAUUGGUGUUCUAGUGAUGCAAGUGAAAACGUGUGUGGACACUAAAAUGCCCGUAAAUUAAAUUUGCUAUGUAACCAAAUAUUUUUACACGAGAAGGCAUUGAAAUUACAGACAUCAGCAUGCAUUUUCUUUGUGUUAGACACAUGUGUAAACUACAUUCCUGAUAUUUCUCACAUCCAUGAUGGGAUUAUGGAUGAAUUUCCCUGCCCAACUAUUGUAGAAAUCAAAUUUGACCAGCAAUUUCCUCUUUCUAUUGCCAGAUGUUGAAACUGAAGAUUUUAAAAGUUGGAAAUGUGUCUGUUUUCCAAUCACUACAAUCUUACCAAAGAAUCAAAGGCAACUGGAAACAAAACUCCCAGCAGUGAUAAAAGAAGUCAGCAUACACCAUACUUCUUAGGAAGCAUUGUUAGUCAUUAGUCCAUUUUUUAAGUGACACACGGAACACUGCCACACAAAAUCUUUAAAGACUGCACCAACUCUUUGAGUUCCACACUCUAUGCCUGUGGCAAUAGAUUUACUUUUACUGUCCACCAUUCUCGUUAUCAAGUGUCCUGUGGGUGUUGAAUAACUGCACUGAGAAAAUCUUGGAAUCAAAAGAGAAGCUGCAGCCUACCACUCAUCAAAGUAAUAUGUAAAUGACCAUCAUUGUAAUCCAAGAAAACCAAGACUUGACUGACAGCUUAAAUUGGCAAAGCUUUCAGUAUGUAAUAAAUAUUUUGUAGGCUCAUGGGUGACAUAUCAGAUGUUUCUAAUCAAGCUUCAGAACAUUUUGGUGAUUUUCAUUUCUUGAAGAUGAGGAAGAGGACCUUGUAUGAGACAGUAAAACUUGGUCAAAGUGGAUUGUGUGUAACUUGGGAAUCUGGCUAAACAAUACAAAUAUUUCAGUCUCAACACA